GGCUCUAAAACAGGUCAUGCCUCAUAAUUCUUCAGAAUUAAUCCCUCCUUUAAUUCAGUAUUUAGGCUCUAGAACUUCUUCAUGGAGGCAGCAUGCAUGAAAGUGUUUCUGUAUCAAAGCAGCUUCCACUUCUGGGGAAAAUGGAGUUGCCCCAGGUUGGGUUGCCUGGAAAUAGCCUCAGAGAUAAUCAAGCAAAAGAAAGAUGAACUUUGUCCAUGGAUUGCAGUAUGCUACUAGAAACUGUUUUUUUUUCCGAUUUAAUUUACCGACCAACUGGAGAAAAUGUAAUGCACUAGCUGUAACCUCACUGGACUGUCAUCAAGCACAAAUUAACCAUAUAGUAAAUAAGUGUCAGGGCCUCGGAGUAGAUCAGAGAGAUCAGUGUGAUGGAUUGACUUCUCUGCCUGGAAACUUUAAUUUUUAUAGCACUUUUAAUAACAAAAGAACAGGAUACCCCUCGAGGAUCAAAAGGAAGGACAUUUGGUUGAUUACCCGAAAACAUGCUGCAUGGAGUGACUUCUUUUCAAGACAGAAACUGAUAGAAGUUGCAGUAGUUCCUGCUCUUUCAGUAUUGCGUCCUGUAAACUAUUUUCCCACAAGAGAGAUCAGGAGUUUCCACACUUCUCCACACGUUCAGGCUGCUCCCAUUCCUCUCUUGUUGAUAAUUCUUAAACCAGUGCAGAAACUACUUGCAAUCAUUGUUGGCAGGGGCAUAAGGAAAUGGUGGCGUGCACUUCCUCCUAACAAGAAGGAGCUGUUUAAAGAAAGUGUCAGGAAGAAUAAAUGGAAAUUAUUCCUGGGUUUGAGUAGUUUUGGAUUGCUCUUCGUAGUGUUUUACUUUACUCACCUGGAAGUGAGUCCAAUCACAGGAAGGACCAAGCUACUACUAUUGGGGAAAGAACAUUUCAGUCUUUUGUCAGAACUGGAAUGUCAAGCAUGGAUGGAAGAAUACAAAAAUGAUAUGCUAACUGAGAAUGAUGCCCAGUACCUGACCAUUAAAGAAGUGUUUUAUCAUUUGAUUGAAUGCAAUAAAGAUAUUCCAGGGAUCUCUGAGGUCAAUUGGAUUAUUCAUGUGGUUGAUUCCCCCGAUGUAAAUGCCUUUGUGCUUCCAAAUGGACAUGUGUUUGUCUUCACGGGGCUUAUUAGUGUGUCGGAUAUUCAUCAGCUUUCCUUCAUUUUGGGCCAUGAAAUAGCACAUGCAGUACUUGAGCACGCUGCAGAAAAGGCCAGUGUGGUUCAUUUAUUGGAUUUCCUAGGUCUGAUUUUUCUCACAAUGAUUUGGGCCGUUUGUCCUCGAGAUAGCUUGGCAAUUUUGGGCCAGUGGUUACAGUCUAAAUUGCAGGAGUAUUUGUUCAGUAGACCAUAUAGUAGAACAUUGGAGGCUGAGGCGGACAAAAUUGGACUACACAUUGCUGCAAAGGCUUGUGUGGACGUCAGAGCCAGUAUGGUGUUUUGGCAGCAGAUGGAACUUGCAGAUAGCCUCUCUGGUCAUCCCAAGUUGCCAGAAUGGUUGUCCACACACCCUUCUCAUGGAAACCGAGUGGAGAACCUAAAUAGACUCAUACCUGAGGCUCUCAAAAUUAGAGAGGUCUGUAAUUGCCCACCACUUUCUGGACCAGACCCUCGACUAAUGUUCAAACUCACCAUGAAGCAUUUUCUUGAAGAGUCAGAGAAAGAGGACCCAAAUAGCACUGUUAAGAAACAGAAAGUGGAUACCCUUCCUGUUCAAAAACAGAAGCAAAUACCGUUAACAUAAAUAGCUGAGACAAGAACUGGCAAUUGAAUUGAAAUAUAUGAGAUAUCGGGUAUAUGAAGAAUACAGCAGUCCUUAUUAUUUUUAUGUUACUUUUAAAAAAUGCUUGAAAUGAAAAAAAUUUAUAUUCAAAGUCAAAUCAUGUAUAUUACAGGAUAUUACCUAAAUUCUUCUAGGUAUUUUUCAUGAAAUAUUGAUGUAUUCUAAUCUAUUUUAAAAUAUCUUCAAUGAGGGAAAUGUCACAGAAUAAAUUUAUAUUACACAUUUAA